UUGAAAAUGUCCACGCAGGCUCUCCUCGGCUUUGCUGGCUGGUCAUAUCUACCUGAUUUAGUCACGGUACAAGUCCUACGGGUUUUCCACUAUACAUUUUAUACAGCAUUCAACCGACCUCCUCCUGUCCCACGAACUCCUGUUUAUGCCUCGCAAUAUCGUUUCGCUUUUGCUGGUGUCGUUCUGUGCUACCUCUCAUAUAACCUUCUUGAGGCCUCACGCAGUUUGGCUCCCAACUUUUAUGAGCUAUUGGGCGUUUAUCCGGAUACUAACGAAAACAUGCUCAAGCUAGCAUUUCGAGCUUUUGCAAAGAAAAAUCAUCCCGACCGAGUAGGCUCCCAGGGCGAAGAUGUCUUUAUUCAGGUCAGAGAUGCUUUCGAAGCUCUGAAAGACCCUGUCAUCAGGUUUGCGUAUGACAAAUUUGGGCCCGAAGUUCUGAAGUGGAAAGACUGUACGACAAUGCGAGAGUAUCUUCGUCGUGGCCUGCUGUCUUCGUCGCCCUAUCACAUCAUGACAGGUAUGGGCCUUUUUGUGUUUUCAGCCAUUGGUAGACCAAGUCCAAUUGCACUUUGGCGUUAUCUGUUGUUCAUUGCAUUGCUCGCAUCUGAAUUGUAUCUCAUAUUGACACCCUCACUUUUUUCGCCUGAACCCAUCGAUGACCUAUUUGUCGAUAGUGUCUCUCCUUCCAGAAUGGUUCUACACGCUCUAUUUCCUCGUCGAACGGUCUAUCAGCAUAUUCUUCUCUUGCAUCAACUCUUCUUUUUCAUGUCCGUGGCUUUAUCCCGAGUGGUGCCGAUAUUAUUCCCUUCCCUCGUCCAGGGUGAACUAGGGAUGGAUCCUCAAGCAGCAAGGAAAUUAUCAGAGAGAUUGGUUGGCUUAAUCAAGGCAACCGACCGAGAAUUAUCAACUAUGCUCAAUAUAGAACUUUCCUCCGUCGAAGGUCUUCGGCCGACGCCUUCAUCUAAUCUCCCGAGUUCUUCCCGUGAAAAAAUACCAGAGGAAUUCCUGGGUGUUCUGUCGCGAGAAAUGGAAAAGAUGAUCAUUGAAAAUAAACUGAAGACAGAAGUCGGGCCCCUACAAAAAGCCUGGCAGAGCGCGGUUAACAAGGGGAAGAAGACCAACGGCUCGUCUCCUUUGGGAUUAGACCAUCGUAGCACGCAUGCCCCUCGUGCACGAUCUCGCUCGCUAUAGUACCCAAUAUACGUUGGAUCGCGGUGAUCCGCA